UAAAUUCUAUCAAAAUUUCUCUAUUUCUCUCUCUCUCUCUCUCUCUGUUCGAACAGAACGGAGCCAGCUUAAAAGUCUCAGCUUCCAUGGCCUCCCUUUCUUAAAUUCCAAAAAUACACAUUCAUUUCACUUAAUUCCCUAUUCAGGGUACCUCUUAUUUUCCUUAAAAGAUCUAAACUUUAGCUUCAAUUUUGGAUUUUUUUUUUCAUUUUUAGUAUUUUUGAAUGAUCAUGGGACCAACGGGUGAUUCCAAGGGUGAGUUACUGAGUCAACUAGCUGAGUUAGUGAAGGAGAUAACUGGGUUACCAGAUUGUAAAAACUCGUGUAAAAAAACGCAUGGGAAUUUAGUACGUAGAAUCAAGCUGUUGAGUCCUUUGUUUGAAGAAUUGAGAGACGGAAAUGAAGAGACAAUGAUAAAAAUUGAAGAGAUUAAAGGGUUUGAGCUCUUGAAGGUUGCUUUGGGUUCUGCUAAAGAGCUUCUUCAAUCGGUUAAUGAAGGAAGCAAGUUGUAUCAGGCUCUGCAAAAGGACCAGAUAACAGAUAAGUUCCAGCUAAUGACAGAAACCAUUGAAGCAGCAUUGAAUGAGAUUCCUUAUGAUAAACUUGAUAUAUCAGAGGAAGUCCGGGAGCAGAUUGAACUUGUUCAUACACAAUUCAGAAGAGCAAGCAGAAGACCAGACUCGCCUGAUUUACAACUAGACCAGGAUUUAGCUAUAGCACAGAAAGAAAAAGAUCCCGACCCUGCAAUACUGAAAAGACUUUCAGAUAAGCUGCAGCUAAGGACAAUCAAUGAUCUAACAAAAGAGUCACUUGCUCUCCAUGAACUGGUUAUUGCAAGUGGUGGAGAUCCAGGGGAGUGCUUUGAGAAGGUUUCAUCACUGCUCAAGAAGCUGAAGGAUUAUGUACUGAUUGAAAAUCCUGAAGCUGACACUUCUGAGAGUGAAAAGGGCAUGAUGAAACAUAGAUCACCUGUUAUCCCAGAUGAUUUCCGGUGCCCAAUAUCUCUUGAAUUGAUGAAAGACCCUGUAAUUGUCUCCACUGGACAGACAUAUGAAAGAUCUUGUAUUCAGAAAUGGUUGGAUGCAGGGCACAAGACCUGUCCCAAAACACAGCAGACACUAUUGCACACAGUCCUUACACCAAACUACGUUUUAAAAAGUCUCAUAGCUUUGUGGUGCGAGAGCAAUGGUGUCGAGCUGCCUAAAAAACAAGGGACUUGUAGUAGCAGAAAACCAGGAAGCAGUGUCUCGGACUGUGAUCGUGCAGCCAUCAUUGCUCUAUUGGAAAAACUGGCAAAUGGAAAUUCAGAACAACAAAGAGCAGCUGCUGGUGAACUCCGGUUAUUGGCAAAAAGAAAUGCAGAUAAUAGAGUGUGUAUUGCGGAGGCAGGAGCCAUACCACUUCUUGUAGAGUUAUUAUCCUCCACAGAUUCUAGAACUCAGGAGCAUGCUGUAACAGCUCUUCUCAACCUUUCCAUCAAUGACAGUAACAAGGGAACCAUCGUAAAUGCAGGAGCUAUACCUGAUAUAGUAGAUGUGUUGAAAAAUGGCAGCAUGGAGGCUAGAGAAAAUGCUGCUGCAACCCUCUUCAGUUUAUCUGUUGUAGAUGAAAACAAGGUAGCAAUUGGUGCAGCCGGGGCUAUUCCUGCCCUUAUAAAGCUGCUUUGUGAAGGGUCUCCGAGAGGAAAGAAGGAUGCUGCUACUGCUAUUUUCAAUCUUUCAAUCUAUCAGGGAAACAAGGCAAGGGCUGUUAGGGCUGGUAUUGUGCCACCAUUGAUGAGACUGCUGAAGGAUGCUGGAGGUGGGAUGGUGGAUGAAGCGUUGGCUAUUCUAGCCAUUCUUGCAAGCCAUCAAGAAGGGAAGGUGGCAAUUGGUCAGGCUGGGCCAAUUCCUGUUUUAAUGGAGGUUAUACGGACUGGUUCUCCACGAAAUCGGGAGAAUUCUGCUGCCAUACUGUGGUCACUUUGUACGGGUGAUUCGGAGCAAUUAAAAAUAGCCAAGGAUUCUGGUGCAGAGGAGGCACUUAAGGACCUGUCUGAGAGUGGCACUGACAGAGCAAAGAGAAAAGCUGGAACUAUCCUGGAACUCCUCCAACGGCUCGAAGUGAAUGAAAAUCCCGUCUCGUUGAGUUCUUUGUGAAAUUCAUGCUACAUAGUUUGGUAUUUCAAACAGCCUUUCUACAUACGAGGGAAGUGUAUAAGAUGAGAUAUUAAAGAGCUGUGAGCAUCUAUUUCUCAUUUGGCCUUGGCAUUCAAGGGACUUGCUCUGCUGCAGCUCAUAACUAUUUCCAGAGAAUUACCAUAUGUAGUACAAGGUAUUUUAAGAAAAUUCGACCUUCCCUAUAUUGUUGCUCAAUACCACCUGUUAAUUAUAGUUUAUGGAGUUUGAUUAAGUUUAGAGAUUUUCAUAUAAUGUAAAUUUUGAUUGGUAUAAAGUGGCAGUUAGCCACCUUCCUAUUUAUACUACUCUUAUUCGAAAUAUUUAUAUUCCUUGACAUUAUAUGUUAUUAUUUAAUGAAUUCAAAGUUGAGGUCUA